AAACCUCCACUCAACAACUCUAAGUCUCUCAAACUCCUGCUUUUCUCGCAUGUUUUUAUAAAGUUAAAUCCAAUUUACAACCGCCUUUCUUUCUUCAGUCCUCAUUAAAAUUGGUCAUAUUUUUCAACAUUCUUAGCUUCUCAUUUUAAUUCCAAACUCUUUUUCUUUCUCUUUUUUCUUUCUGCAUAUAAAUUGGAUUGGAAUUGUUUGAAAAACUAGAAACAAAUUAAAAGAUGGAUUGUAAAUUGGAGCUUCGUCUCUCAUCUUCUUCUACUACAUGCUCCACAGGAUCUAAUGUAGAUGAUUCAAAGCGCGAACAAUUGACAAUAUUCUAUAAUGGAACAAUCUGCGUUUGUGAUGUUACUGAAGCUCAGGCAAGAGGUAUAAUAAAUCGAGCAAGUAGAAAAAUGGGAGAAGGAACGUGUAUAUCUCCGGCAACAGGCGGAGCAGACCAAAUCUCACCAAAGUUACAAUAUGAGCAAUUAUGUAGUCAAACACAAAAUGGUCUUUCUAUGAAGAAAUCUUUGCGACAAUUUCUUGAAAAGCGAAGGCAUAGGAUCAAAGCUACAUCUCCAUACUAUCUAAAGCAGACAUAUUAAGCAUACUAUUAGAGUAUUAGGAUUUAGAAGAUUAGAGAAGAAUGUAUCUGCUAGCUGAUUUUUUUGUUGUUCAUUUAACUUUCUUUCAGAGGAUGAUAUUUAUAUUCUUUGUAAAGUUUUGGAAUUCAUUUUAUGUAGAGUUUUCCUCGCUUGAUCGAGUAUGAAGAUGUGAUGAUGUGCGACUUUUUCAGCAA